ACGGCUGACUCAUCAGCGUGUCUCUAUGAGGCAUUUCCUGCAAUAUUUAAAGCUUGGCAAUUUGAUGCUGAGCACAGAGGCAACCUGGAUAUUUGGCAGUUAACAUGCAACGAGAAACAGCUGUAUCAAGAGAGGGAUUCUUGGUCAAAAGGGGUCACAUUGUUCACAACUGGAAAGUGAGAUGGUUUGUAUUGUCCAAGGACCAGCUUCUCUACUACAAAAUAGAAGGAGGAAAGAAGGAGUCUCGUCCCAGACGCAUUAUUUCUCUGGAAGGAUGUACUCUCCACUGUCCCUGUAUGGAUUAUGAAAACAGGCCGCUGGUGAUUAAAUUGAAGGCAAAGAAUUCUGUUGAGCAUUUCCUCGAAGCUUCUUCCCGCGAGCAGCGAGAUUCAUGGGCUGCAGACAUUCAAAAAAUGAUCAGAGCAUCAAAUCCAGAAGGUCAAGAGCAAUCAAAUGGUUCAAACAUGGCCUUUGAACUACCGGCAAAUAUUUGCCUCAGUCAUUUAAUCAUUGACAUGCAAGAGUCCAACAGUGGGAUCAAAGAGAUGACAAAUGGCGAAUAUGGGAAUACCUACAAACUGUGUUUCACAGGCUCGACAGUGAUUGACUGGCUGAUAUCCAGGAACGUUGUCAAUUCUCGUUCAGAUGGUGUCACUUUAGCAUCCCUGCUAAUUGAAGAUGACCUCAUUAAACCAGUCGGAAAUAAAAGUACAAAAGCUGUUUGGAAUAUUGCUGGCACAGAGCAGUUUCUCGAUGAUUCAACUGCACUUUACUGUUUUGCAAAAAAUGAGAGGAAGACCGAUAGUUCAAAUGAUAAGAUUGAAAUACCUCACAUGGAGCUUAGUGGCAAGAUUGUGAAACAGGGGUUUUUGAUGAAACAGGGACACAAAAGGAAGAAUUGGAAAGUGAGAAGAUUUGUUUUGAGGGCAGACCCUUCACAUCUGCAUUAUUACGAUCCCUGCAAGGAAAAAAAUGAUCAGCCGGUUGGUGGAUUUUCACUACGUGGCUGCUUCGUGUCUGCUUUGGAAGACAAUGGAAUCCCACCAGGAAUAAAAGGAAAUGUUCAGGGUAAUCUCUUCAAGAUCAUAACUACAGAUGAUGUGCAUUAUUACGUUCAAGCUGGUUCCCGUGCUGAAAGGUCAGAGUGGAUCCAGGCAAUCAAACAAGUGACAUAGAUCUUGUACAAAGGUGCUUGCAGUUGGAGUUAGGAAGAAUAACAAAGAAAAUGAAUUGAAGCAAAAUUUCAAUAAGGAAUUCCAAUUCAUGAUGAUUGGAUUUGCUUUUUGUGACAUAUUACAGAGAAUGCAGUCAUGAAAAUGAAAACAUUUUGUUAAAUAUUAUUUCUUUCUCAUUCACUCUUUCACCCCCACACCUAUACAUAUAUAUAUUUGCCAAAAAGGAUAACCUUUUGUGGACAAUAUGCUCUCUCUUUCUGGCGGAGUCGAGUGAACUUAAUAGACUUUGGACAUAAAGCAAAAAAAACAUAGGAGGAUAAUCUAAACAUUGGAUUAAUAUUUGCUAAUUAUCCAUAUGUUAAUAUUUUAUGAAUAGAGUUACCAAAUUGAGAUUGUACAACUUUUGUGUACAGAAACAAUAAGUUUCAGACAGGUGAGGUCUUGUAAUUGUAUUUAAUUUUCCAAAUUGUUAUUUAUGCACUUUAUUUUUUUAGAUGUAAUUUUUCGUUCCUUUUUUGUCAUGUUGUUGUUUUAAUGUGUACCCAGAUAUAAAUACUUUGUGAAAAUAACUGACAUAUUUAAAUUUUUGCUUAUCUCUUUUACAUGGUGCUGAGUAAUACUCUUUUUUUUAAUUCACUUGUGGGAGAUGGACUGAUCUGUGGCUUUUGAAUGUAAUUAAGAGGAUAAAACUCUAAUAAUUAAAAGAGAAAGCUGAA